AUGGGUGUGUUCAAUGUUCCUGGGCGGGCGACAACGAUGGCCACAUACGUGAAGAUAACAUGGCCUUGGGUGAUGUUGCUCGUAGCCGAGAUCGCGGCUGCAGCAGUGCUCCUCGUCAUUACCAUCAUUCACUCUACGGGAGGCUCAGAUUCAAAUUAUAGAGACCUCAAAAGCUCAUCGUUGGGCACUCUUGUGGCUCUCAGUCCAGCUUGCCGCACUGCGGCGGGUGAAGGUCUCCAACCUGUGGAUGCCUUGAAAAAGCUCGCGAGAGGGCUUAAAGUCCAGCUUAUCGGGAGCCAUAUUGUGGUCGCCGAGGAUGAGACGGAUGGGACUCCCUCACAAGAAACGUCAUGUGGCGUGUCCGGCGCUGAAGAGGGUGCUCCCAGGGAGAUGGAUCGUACUCAGAAGUAG